AUGGCUUUUAGCGACGGGGAGAAAACAAGUAGAAAAGUUAGGAAAGCACCAGAGUUGAUGAUAACAUCGCAGAGGAAUACAGGAAGAAUCGCUACAGUCGUAAACAAUGUCACUGAUGAGGUUUUCCCGUUCAGUUCAGAAACAGUAUCUCAUCCAACUCCAUCCACGGGCGUCCCAAGUGCUCGUGGUAUGCUCCAUCCACCGUCACUUUCCCUAGUUUCAAAGGCCGGUAUGACGCUAAAUGUAUCACCUCAAACGAAGAGAUUCAGUGCAAUGAAUAUCAAUAAAAAAUUUUUGGAGAAGAACUCUGCUUCGUCAAGCUCUGGUCAGACGAUUUCAAAUUCGAUCGCUGUCAAGCCUGGUUCGCUUGGGUCUCGUUUGGUUGGUCAGCCCGCGAUUUCUCACUCGCGCCUGGUGACAGCUAAGCUCACCAGCGCCAGAUCACCCCAAACCUCUGCAACAGCCGGUGUGGGCUGGCCGAAAUCGUCUUCUGUUGCUUCUCCUUCUGUAUCUCCGAUGUCAACGACAAAUACCCCUGUUCACACCGUACCUGUUUUUCCGAGUGUUCAACAGCUUCCUUAUAUCCGAAACAUCCCACAACCCUCUCCAGCUGCUUUAUCCAUGACUGCGGGUGGUAAAGGAAGAUCCUCUCGGGUUGCUUGGAGCAAUGCUCAAAACUCUCCUAACGUCUCUGGGGUCGGUGGCACAACGCAAAUCGAUUUUCCGACAGCUUCUGAAGUGGCACAAGGAAUACCGCUUCCCCUCAACUCAAACAUAUCACACGAAAAGGAUGGGGAAUCUGCUUCCCACAAGAAGCAGAGAUUACAAGAGGCAGACACUUUCCGGGGAUUGCAUUUAAACCCGAACGCACAUCAUUGGGAUGAGAUGGAAGAGGACGAUGACAAUUUUUUGGAUGGGGUCAUAGAAUUUGGCGAUGGUCGCCAGUAUAGAAUAGCUUCGACGAGCAUCCCAUCCCGCUCUCCAUCCCCACCAUCAAUUGAAGCACGUCCCUCACUGGGAUCACCUCACCACGAAGCAAUUGAUGGAGUACCAUCGUUAGACGUCUUAUCAAGUAAAGGACAGAGACUUGGCCAUGAUUUCGACCGCAGUUGGCCACAGCAGAGUGUAUCGCCUAUACUUAAUUCUCAGCGCACUGGCCCUCCACCAUCUAUGUCUUGUGUACCUCACCAUUCGAGCCAUUCUCCUCGCUCUCAUACGAGGGCACUCUUUAAUGAGCGGUCUAAUAGACUGGAGCCAUGCAGCCCUGUGCUUUCUCUAUUUCGGUAUGCUCAAGAAGAGCCUCAACUGAAUUUGAAGCAGAACUCUAUUUCAUCUUCCCUUUAUACUCGAGACAGUCCGGAACAACCUCCAGUUUCGCCCACUCAUCAUAUCCGGUUACUUCAGAAAUCAAGUCCGAGUAGCAGCAUCGAUGAUAUAUCUCCCGGCUCAUUUUGUGGGGGUGUUUCAACUGGCUUGGAUAUGUCUAAUCAGAACACAAAGCAAGCUCAGGAUGUCUCAGUGCCAGCAUCCAACGGCAACACUGUUUGUCACCCCUCCGUGCUGGUGAAAGAUCAUGCUUCUCGAUGUAAAGAAAAGUUUUUCUCUGGUAGCGACGGACAAAGCACAGGUAUGUGCAAUGCUGGGGAUGCGCUAGUGCCUGAAUCCUUUCAGGAGGAGAUAGGCAAACAUCAAGUCCAUCGCGUUACAUCAUAUAUGCAGCAGCAGCCCUCUUUGCAGCCUUCAUCAACACCUUCAGCCUCACUGCCAUCUCGUUGCGCGAACGAGAAUGUUCCCACGCGCUUAGCUACUUUUCCGCAACGUCCCUCAGUGGCACUGUCGUCCAGCGAGGACAUUGAAGUUGUACACAAGGCAACGAUGCAUUUAUCUGCAGAACGUGCAAGGGAACGCUGGCAAAAGGAUGAGGAAGAGAGAGAACUGAAUAAAGAGCGCGCUAGGUUAAAAGCAGCAGACAUAGAGGAGAAGAUGAAGGUUCGAGAAAAACAGGUAAAGGUUGGAAUGAAGGGACAUAUUGCUAGUCGGGUUGAAGCCCCACACAGGACAGAUGAUGCCAAAGUAGUCGAGUCAUUAGAGCUAGCGAUCUCUGAAACGGCAAGAUCAAUGACUUUGGUCUCUCCUGGUUCUAACCUGCGAGCUUCCGAAGAUCCAAUUAUACUACCUCCUCUCCGAGCCACGUUGACAUCCUCUGUUGAAAUAUCAAGUGCGCCCCCUACACAUCCAGGCCUACAUGAUUUAAACGCAGCACAACUGAAAUCGUGGAGAAACAGAAGGACUAUUCCAUCAGCAGAAUCUUGGGCUGCUACUAAAUUACUACCCAAUGUACCACCAGUCCUUCAUGGCGAUGACCCUCUUCCAGAUGUUCCAGACGAAAAGCUUGAAAUAAUUGAAUUCUCCGAUAUUGGAAAGUUCGUCGAAGUGUUGGAACCUUCAUCAGGCUCGAAACACGAUGCUUUCAGAGAAACCGGGGCUGUGAUAUCGCUGUCCUCUAUUUCAAGCAACCACGCUAUAAGCACGUGGCCCUCUUGCGAUGUUUGUCAAAAGAUUAAUUCUCAAUAUCGGGGUCGCAAAUUUAUUGACCCGGACCAUUUAUCUGUAUGUGUUCCAUGUCAACUGAAAAGCUACGAAGAUCCUGGUCAGAGUCAGCUAUUACAGAUCAGGAACGAGCUUAAGGCCCCAGCGAGCCUACAUCAUAUAAACACCUCAUAUGCAACUGUGGCAGAAGACACCAAGAAGAUAGGCAGUAAUCUUCUCGAGAUAAGUCAAGUAAUCGCCGAGUCGCCUGCAUCGACUCAGACGAAGAAAAUAUGGGAUACAACGUGCUACCGCGAAGCUUCCAUGUCAGCGCUGGAUCACGCGAUGUCCCGAAUAAAAGGAGCCUUGGAUGGAAUGCAGACGGGUGGACUAGACAGAGGUGUUGAAGGUUCUUCUCCAAAAACUGCUUCUUCUGUGUUGGAGCCAAAGUCUGAGCAGACUACGAAACAAACACCUGCGAGGCCUAAAAAUCCAACGUUCGAAUUAUCUCAAUUUCAUGAUAUACCUAAUGUGACCAGUCAUGAAAUAGUGUCUGAGCCACCUUCAUCUCUAAUCAAUCUCGUUAUUCACCUUCCUUCCAUUUCUCGUCCAUUGAACUUCCUGCCAAAGAGGCAGCUUCAAUUGUUUGGAAGUGCUCCUAAUAGAGUACGUUGGGAAAUACUUUCGCGGGACUCACCUGGGGAGUGUGUGGAAAGGGAGGUUUUGUUUUGUGAUAGCUUUCUGUUUCCAAAAGUGCAAAGUGGACAAUAUCGGGUGUCUUUACCUGCCACCCGUGCCAGGUUAUUGACGUCGCAGUUUUUCUGUCCUUCCGACCCCAAAGUCAACCUCCCAUCAAGUGUAUCACGCCCCGCUGGUGCAUACUCUCUCAGGACAUUAUCUAGUUCCAGCAAUAUUCAAAUACACUCACUUUCUGCGACUGACAUGGCACAGUUGUCCUCCAUUGAUGUCACGAGCUGCUCACCGCCCCCAGAUUAUUCGCCUCAGCAUGAGCCUACCUCCUCAAACUGUGAUAUUCGUUCUCAUAAAAGACAGCGGAAGAUGCCUGUAGGGUCAUCUGUUGGGUUUUACCGUGAUCCGACUAUUAACAGUGGCACCGACUCUGGGCUUCAUGUUGAAUUUACUGUUGUCAGCGAGCUGGAGCCGCAAUUACCAACAGUCACCACGGAAACUUCAGUCACAUCAACAACUCCAAGUGCUGGGUCGUUUCUGUCCGUUAGUUCUACUCUUGAUAUCGAUACAACGGGAUCUCCGGCACUUCUAGGCCAUAUGAUCGUGGGUACAGGAUGUACGUCUCCUAACGCACAAAUGUCUACUAAGAUCGAACCCAGGGAACCCAAUCUCUAUUUAAAGCGCCCUACUAUCGCGAAUCGCUCCCAGCCUCUGGACAACUCUUGGGGGAAGUCCCCUCUGAGCCUAGCAACAAUAGAAACUGUUGGAAGACUGCCUGAUCCAGAACAUUUAAAGGCAGUUUGGUCUCAGCGCUCUGACAAUGUCCAACGAUCCAUCGGAAAUUCUUUGGAAGGCAUUGGGGAUGAUCUGACAGCAUUGCCAUUCACAUUACAGGACGUCAGGUCUGAAGAUGAUGGCACUCCGCCUCCAUCAGGUUCCUUGAUUCCGUCAAAGGUGUCACUUUACAAUGUCACACGUGCAUUUCAACAAAGACCGCCCCCAUCCGAUGUUAUUGAUCCGCGCAGUACUGAAAUACCUCUUUCCCCCAUAAAUAAAGCACCCGUUCGGCCAUCUGCUGCAAUGUCUUACCCUCAUCCUCUACCUUUAAGUCCCAAUGUGCAUCCUUCGGGCGUAACAUACUAUCCGCCCCUUGUGGCCCACGCACCAAGUAUGGCGUAUGCUCCAACGGCUAGUCCUCCUAGGAUGCCUAUAAAUGGGCUCUCGCCGUUCAAUCAGCCAGUAUGGAUGCCAUUGCCUACACCACCAUCCCAACACCAUCAUCAUGGCUUAGUGAGGCCUGUUCCGUCACCAUAUUCUGCACACCUCAUAACGUAUUCCUCUUCGACGGGAAACACUUUCUAUACUGUUUCACCAUCUAUCCAAGCUGCGCAGAGCAACCUGCAUCUCAACAGAGGUGAAGAAGGUCGCUCGAGACACAUCCCUCUGCUGAGCGCGUCUCAAUCAGCACCACUCCGUUCCAAUAUCUUACCGUACCCUGGGAGUCCACCUACAACCCAUCUGGCCUCAAGGAUACCCAGUCAACACUGUACGGUGCAUGUUCCACUUGAUUGCCAAAAUGUCUUUGUUCCCCCACUCGCCGUGCAAAGAAACCACAUUGAGUAUCAGAUCUCGCAACCUCUUGGAUAA